AAAGAAAAAAAAUCUUCACAGUAAGCGGCGAAAAUGAAAUGUCUUCGUUCUGAACAAAACCUGCAAGUGUUUUUGCUCACCCAUUCCAUUCUUUUAUGGCUAUAGCUAGCAUAUGCUCAUCCCCAAGCCCCAGCCCAACUCUCCCCACCAUUUCUCUGUCUUCACUUCUUUCAUCCAAGACUCACCAUUCUUUGCAACCCUCUUUACCAACUUCCUCGUCUUCCUCCAAAAUUGGCGGGAAUUUGGUUUCUGGUGAUUCACUGCCCAUUGCGGAAGCAGCAGAGGCGAUUGCUUUGGCCGGAGCUGCUGGCAUGGAGGCAGCCAAUGGUGCUGUGUCCGUAGCUUCUGGAACUGGUAAAGUUGGUCAUCCUGGGGAAGAUGAUAAUGAAGGGGUUAGUGAUGGGAGUGUGGGAAUUGAAGUGAGAAGGAAGAGAAGGAGGAAAAGGAGAAAAGGGUUGGGAUCUUUGGAUGGAGAAGAGUAUAAGAGGAACUUCCCGGAGCAGAGGAUUUUGGUUGACUCUGUAAAAUCUUGGUGUUUGAGUUCAAAAGAGGAGGCAGAGCUUUGUUUGUGUCUCAAGGAGGGAACAAGGAUUGAAAAUGCUAUGCUAAGAACCACAGAAUCCGAAGAGAAUCUUUCUAUCUCAAGAAAGAAGCCUCUAGGUUUGAGGGAGAGGAAUCUGGACAAGGUGUUGUGUAAUACAAGAGAGUCAAGAGAAAGAAUAGCUCGCGCCUACCAAGGACUAGUUGCCUCCAUUGCUGCUGACUACCAAGGCAAAGGAUUAAGCCUUCAAGAUCUCAUGCAGGAAGGCACCAUUGGGCUUCUUAAAGGGGCACAAAGAUUUGAUCCUGAUAGAGGAUUUAAAUUGUCCACUUAUGUUUACUGGUGGAUCAAACAAGCUAUCAUUAAAGCUGUGGCCAGAAAGUCCAGAUUAGUCAGAUUACCGGGGAGCAAGUAUGAGAUGAUUGCAAAAGUUGCAGAGGCCAACAAUGCUUUAAGCAUUAGACUGAGAAGAUCGCCUACUUAUGAAGAAACAGCUGAGAUGCUUGAUGUAAAAGCUUCCACUGUUAGACUUGUUUCUGAAAAUAGCAGAGCCCCGAUUUCACUGGACAGCACGGUGACUGAUCAAGGGCACAUGACACUUCAGGCGAUUAUGGCUGGGCCAGAUGAACUGGUUCCAGAGAAGAUGUUUGAGAGGAAGCUGGUGAAGCAAGGAGUGGAGAAGCUUCUAGAGACAGUGAACAAGAGGGAGGCAGAGAUAGUGAGAUUAUACUAUGGACUCACUGGUCAGACUCCUCUUUCUUUUGAGGAGAUAGGAAGGAUGCUGAAGUUAUCAAGGGAGAGAGUCAGACAGAUUCAUGGCGUUGCGUUGUCAAAAUUGGAACAUUCUCCUAUUAUCAACAGUUUUAAAUACUUUGCUGAAUAGUAAUAACAUUUGUUAAGAAUGCCAGGAAAAUGAGGUGAAUAUGGUUGAAUGAUUAAGAAGCCAACGUCCAUAGCUUAAUAGCACAAUUAAUAAGGCUGUUCAAUAAAAAAUUCUUGGUGUAUGGCAACAUUAUUGGAGAGGUUUGGUAUAAUAUAAUUCAUCAAUUCUCAUAUAAUUUUUUU